AUGGCCGCUCAGCGGAGGUAUCGCGUCGAGUUCGCGGACAACGCGGCCCGCUGGCUGCAGCAGUACGGCUACGACGGCCUGGUGCUGCACUGGCGCCAGCCGAUGGCCGGCCAGGACCGCGGGAUGCUGAGCGCGCUCGUGCGGACGCUGAAGCGACGGCUGGCCGAGGACGCCUUGCGCCUGGGCAUCGUGCUGCCCGCAGACAAGGAGCGGAGGACCGCCGGCUACGACGUCCGCGAAGUCGCCCAGGUGGCCGACGUACUGUUCGUGGACACGCACCGCACCAUGGACCCAGCCUCUUUCCCGGUGACGUCGUUCUUUAGCCCGCUGCGCGCCAAGAGCCAGGCCAAGAAACUGCGCCAGGCGGGGCUCUCGUACGUGCUGGGGGACUUGUCCCUCGAGGUCGCCCAGAUGGACAAGCUUGUCUUCAGCCUCACCUUGGCCGGGGCCUCGUUCACGCUCAGGGCGGCCGAGAACAACAAGGUGUGCGCCGUUAAAGUGACCUGCGAGGGCCAGACCUGGCUCACAUCACCCCCCACUUGUCUGCGCACAAACGUGCUGCAGGUGGGCGACCCCGCGGCGGGCCCCGGCCAUCCAGGUGUCUUUACCAAGCAGCCGGGCGUCGUGAGCUACUACGAGAUCGAGCAGAUGCUGGCGCACGACCUGAGCUGGUCGCGUCAGUUCGACCGCGUGUCCCAGUGCCCCUUCAUCGUGAACGGCGACCAGUGGAUCGGCUUCGAGGACGACGUGUCCCUGCAGAGCAAGGCCCACCUGCUGCUCUUCACCGGGGGCAUGGCGCUGUGGGACAUCUGCAUGGACGACUUCAGGGCCACGUUCGGGAGGCCGCUGCUAGCCAGGGCCAGGGACAUUCUGCUCAGGAACCACUCCUACGGGAGGUCCGGCCGCACCAAGCGCCGCCACUGA